CAGUGAAAUAAAUUGGAGCAGACAUUGAAAAAAGUGAAAAAUUAUAAUAUUUUUAUAGUGAUUUUGUUUAAAUUUAAAAAGAUUUUAAAAAUCAUGCCAGAUGUUCGACAAUUCUACGAGGGAGAGAAUGUAUUUAUUACAGGAGGAACAGGAUUUAUGGGAAAGAUUCUGAUAGAAAAACUUCUACGGUAUUGUCCAGAAAUAGGGAACAUCUACCUCUUAAUGAGGAUCAAGAAAGGCAAACCAACUCAUGAACGUCUUAGUGAAAUUGCUACAUUGCCUAUGUUUGACCCCUUGAGAAAAAUAAAUCCAGAUUUUCAAACAAAGCUUGUACCAAUAAGUGGAGAUGCAAGUAAACCUGGUUUGGGGUUGUCUUCUGAGGAUCGAUCAAUAAUUACAACAGAGGUUUCCAUCGUAUUUCAUGCUGCCGCUGCUACACGAUUUGAUGAUUCGUUGAGGUUUUCCGUGCCGAUUAACGUUAAUAGUGUAAUAGAAGUCAUCAAUAUUUGCAGAGAAUGUCAAAAAUUGAAAGCCGCUGUUUACGUAUCUACAGCAUUUAGUCAAUGCGUCCAUGUGCAUGAAAACAUAGAAGAAAAAGUAUACCCGAUAUCUAUGACAUAUGAAGAAAUUAAUAACACUGUACAAAUAAUGAAGCGACGAAAUUUUUCAGAAAAGGACGAGGUUCAGUUCACUAGAAUUUUACUGGGUGAAUUUCCAAACACAUAUGUGUUUACGAAAUCAAUUGCUGAAGGAGUGUUAAAUGAGCAAGCAAGGGAUCUACCAUUUUCUAUUUUCAGAUUUCCUAUAGCUAUUGCAACUUACAAAGAACCCGUACCUGGAUGGGUUGACACUGUUCAGGGGUUUAAUCAAGCAAUAAUUGGAAUCGGAAUAGGUGUAAUACGAGUCCUGAAUAUUGACAUCAAUGCACAUGCCCACAUGGUACCAGCAGAUUUCGCCUGUAAUGCUUUAAUCGCAACUGCAUGGGAGACUAGCACUUUUGAAAAUAGAGAUAACCCGGAAGAACUGCCAGUGUACAAUUACGUUUCGGAUGAAUGUAAUAUAUUAACUUGGAAUUCUUUAAGAAAAAUGAUGCAAAAUCGUAGAUAUGCUUAUCUACCAAUGAAAACUAUUUAUUUUCCUGACUCGUUUGUCAUCAAGUCGACUAAAGUCUUUGCUUUCGCUCAUUUCAUCUUACAUCUUAUCCCAGCUUUAUUGGGUGACGUAGUCCUGAGAAUUUUAGGGAAACCCCCCAUACUUUAUAAAGUGUACAAAAAAGGAAAUAAACUGCUGAGAGUAACAAGGUUCUUUUUAUUAUGGAACUGGACAUUUGAAUCUAAGAAGGUGCAAUCCUUGUGGAAGAAACUUUCCAAAGCUGACAAAGAAUUGAUACCGUUUGAUUUAACAACUAUAGACUGGGAAGAUGUAGCUACAAAACAUUGGAAUGGAACUCUGAAAUAUGCACUGAGAGACUUUGCGACUACGGAAGAACGAAUGCGUAAAUCUAAUAGAUUAAGGAGAAUUCAUAGGACCGUUCAAGUUUUGUCUGCGACUUUCAUGAUUUGGGUACUCUGGAAAUUAUACCUGGCCCUAUUCGAAGUAUAGAUUGCAUAUACUACUAAUUUAGGAUGCCAUACAAAUAUUCAAAGAUUCG